AUGGACGGAUCUGCCAACUUUGAAAUCACCAUGGUUCAAUGGUUCACUCACGUCAUACCUACGCGGAGUGGCAACCCGCAAACCUACCAAAGCGGGGGAAUGUUUGAUAUAAAAGACGACCUCGUUUGUCUUUCCCUCAUCAACCGCACACCCUCACGGUUGCUGCGAGGAAGCUCAGCGAUGGAUUUCGUAAAUAAACUUGCGGGCCAGGGUAAGAGCGAAAAUCAGGGCGGCAGCUCCGGUGGAGAAGGCGGCAUGUUCUCGGGUAUAGGUGACAAGCUCAAUGCCGCAGCCGGAGGUGGCCGCGAGAGCGAGAAGAGUGAAGAUAUGCUCGACAAAGGGGUCGACUUUCUUCAGGAACGAUUCAUGGGCCAGGGAAAGCAGGAUAACGAAAGCGCAGUUGAACAAGCCAAGGAUGAACAGAUCUCGGAUUUUAUCCGGGGCCAGUACAAAUCGGUAGCAGGAUCGGAUUUACCCAUCAAGGAUAAAGAUACCAAGCUGGGAUAG